GCAUGAGAUACGUGCUGGCUGUGUGCGGCCUGAUCAUAAUAUUCGCACUCGCCACAGCUGCCGUGCUGUUCCUGUUGGCCUACCAGGUUGACAGCUCCGAGGUGAACGACGCAGUCGGCAGCAACCGAUCCGGCGGUGGUGACGCCCCACCUCGCAUGGCAGUCCCCGCCGUCGAAGAGAUAAGUACCUCUCCCCUCCCAACAGCGCUACACACUCAACCUAGGCGACGAACGACACCUUCGACCUCCAGCACCGUGGCGACACCGAUGGCGACGGUGACUGCGACGGUGACGACGAGCAGCACGGUGCCUACUAUGCCCUCGACCCAAUCGACGACGACACCCCCGCCGCUCAUGUGCUCGGUGGGCUCGACUGCGGCUGCCAUGAAACCGCUGUUUCCGCCCGACAAUGCGUGCGACAUCCUGGUCUUCACUCACGUGCGGGUCUUCAACAGGACGGUGCGUGCGGUACUCAGCCAGAUGAGCUUCGAGGCGUUCAGGAACGUCUGCGCCGUCUAUCGGCAGACAACGUGCGGCCUCUCCUUCACCUCGACGAUGCUGGUGGACAACAUGUUCAGCAACACGCAGAUAAGGAGCCAGCUGACGCAACUUCGGAACGGGUCGCGAAUCCACCACUACGGCAUCCUGGACAUUUACGGCACUAGAGACAGUGUUGAGAAUGUGUCCACCACGAUAGCGCCAGCAGCACUUAGCCGGAUGCGACAACUCCUGGGCAAUGACACCAGCCGCCACAAGGUCUUUGUCGGCAUCGGGUACUACUACUACAACGACACCGAUGCGUGGGAUAAACUUGCAUACGCCGCCGAGAACGUCGCGUCGAAAGACGUCGACAUUCUGGUCAUAAUCACCACGAUCAUCACCAUUCCUUCGAUUUCUGAAUGCAUCACGCUGCCCCUGAACGCCCACAAGAGCCCAAAUCCGUACGCUCCAACUCUGGAGCAUGCGUUCCGGAUGGCCAGGGACGGCUUUGGGAGGCGCAGUCUCACCGUCGCCUUCUCUUUCCAAAUGGGUGUGAUCAUGUACACACUGAAUAAGCAGUACAGCAUCCCCAUCAGCGCCCUCUACGAGCCGUGCAGCUACUUCGGAAUCACGGACUACUCGCAGGCAAGUGGCAUUCUUGCUGCGCAACCACGCCUUGAGGAACCAAUGUGA